UUUCAUGUUAUAUUCUUUCACUCGCAAACAAACAUAUAAUUACACUCUGUCGUAAGUGUAAAACAUUCAUAUGUAGAACACUAUAGAUCUUUCAAGAGUACAUUAACGUAGAAGUAAUUUAAGACAUAUUCAACUACUGCAUGUAGAGGACAGCUAAUCCUGACAUUUACAUAGCAGUCGCUAAAUAAUGGAGGUGAUUUUGUAAGCAUUACUUUCAUAUUUCUUGAUUUAUUAGCAGGCGUAAAUUAAAUAAUAUUGUUUAUAGUGAAGGCCGAAUGACAUAUGAGGAAGCCAGUUUGGGUGGCACAAAGCAAAAAUAAAUGCUUCCAUUAACCUCAUUAUUUUAAACUGAAAUAAGAAGGGAAAAAAAUGAAGUAUUGUAGUACAAGAGGAAAAGAGAGAGGAUUGUCAUUCAAGGAUGUUUUGUUUUCAGGGUAUGCUAAAGAUGGUGGUCUUUAUAUGCCUGAAGUCAUCCCAAAACUGAAUGAAACAGAGGUAAAAGAAUGGUCAACACACUCUUAUCCAGAUCUUGUGUAUCUUAUUUCACGCAAGUUCAUUUCGGAGGAAGAAAUUCCUUCGCAUGCUUUGAAAGAUAUCAUAAAUGGAAGCUUAAAGAGAUUCCGUACACCAAAGAUCAUCGAGAUAGAAAGGCUAGAAGGAGGCCUAAAUAUUGUGGAACUCUUUCACGGGACAACCUUAGCAUUCAAAGACUUGGCUCUCUCUAUUGUUGGAGGAUUACUUGACUUCUUCUUGAAGGAGAACAGUGAACAUGUCACUGUUCUGAUAGGAACUUCAGGUGACACAGGCAGUGCAGCCAUAGAGAGUGUACGAGGAAGAGAGUCCAUUGAUAUUGUGGUUCUGCUUCCUCAUGGUCGCUGCACUCACAUUCAAGAACUACAGAUGACAACUGUGAUAGAAGAUAAUGUACAUGUUUACUGUGUUGAGGGCACAUCUGAUGAAUUGGAUGAGCCAAUCAAACGUUGUUUUGCUGAUGAGGGACUUGUUGCUGAGCACCGAUUGAUAUCCAUUAACUCCAUCAACUGGGGUCGCAUCAUGGCUCAAGUUGCUCACUUCUUCUAUACAUAUUACCAUCUCUGCUCCUCUGUAGGCCAGCCUGUGAAGAUUGUAGUGCCCACAGGUGCAGCUGGCAAUAUAGCAGCUGGAUGUCUUGCCCAGAAAAUGGGUCUUCCUAUUACUUUGGUGGCUGGAGUCAACACCAAUGACAUUGUUGCCAGAACACUGAGUAGCGGAGACUUUUCCAUCAGAGAGAAUGUCUGCCAGACUCUGGCACCAGCAAUGGAUAUACAGGUCCCUUACAAUGUAGAGAGGUUGAUUUACUUGCACACAAAUGGAGAUACAAAGAGAGUAAAGGAAGUAAUGGAUUCUUAUGAAGAGGUUGGGAAGGCUGCUGUACCUGAAGACAUCUUGAGGAGCUUGAAGAACAUUGUGGUUGAUACACUUGUAGUAGAUGACUCCCAGAUAACAGAAGUAAUGAAGAAGGUUUACAAAGAACAUAACUACAUCUUGUGUCCACACACAGCAACUGCAGCAGCCUACCAUUACAUUAGCAAGGAAGAGAAUCCACGUGGCUAUAUUGCAACAGCUUCACCAGCAAAGUUCCCAGAGGCAGUAGAGAAAGCAGGGGCACAGCCUGUCACAGAGGGUAUCAGCCACCUUGAAGACCUCCCAACAAAAUUUAUGUGGAUGAAGAAGGGAGAAGAUUGGUACUCCAUUCUUCGCAAUAAGAUAGAAGCAAUCUCUUCCAAGAAGGAGUAAAGAAGGAAAAUAAGAUGUAUGUUCAUGAUGAUUUUUUUUCUGUAAUGAAAAGGAUAAAAGUGUGGUUUUUAAUAUUUGUUUAGCUUUGGGUCCAUUUUUCCAAAUGCACCCAAAAUAGUUAUAAUGAUUCUACUGAUUGUAAUAAUGAAAUGAUGAUGCUAAUAAUAAUAAUAAUAAUAAUAAUAAUAAUAAAAAUAAUAAUAAUAAUAAUAAUAAUAAUGAUAAUA